ACUAAAAUUAUGUCAAAUAAUCAAGUUUUCUUAAUUUCCAUAAAGGAAGAAGAUAUUGUUGCUUUGAGAAACUCUAUAAAUAUAAUACUUCGUGAUUAUAAGGGAGAAGUGCCAGAAGAAUUAGUGUCAGAUUUUAAACUUGCUCGCUUUAUUAAGGGACAUGGUGCUAACGCUCUUUCAGCUUUUGAACGACAUCUACUUUUUCGCCAGGAAUAUAAUAUUGAUAAAGUAAGAAACGAGAUUCUUGAAGAAGAAAAAAAGCAAGGCCAGCUGAAAUGGCCCUACUUUAUGGAAAAGUUUAAGAUCAUACUUGAAACUGUUUGGAAAAAUAUACCUCCUGCUUUUCAUCAUCAAUGUUCCAGUGAAUAUCAUUGUGUGACUUUUACAAUAUUAGCGAACUAUUUCUUUAGUGAAAUUACUAGCAAAAAUCUUGAAGAGUUGUGGCUAGAGUUAGUUCUUUAUUGCGAUGUUUACUUUGACCUUGUCUUGCACAGGAUCUCUGUAAAGCAUAACACUCCAUGUUCACGCCUCGAUAUUGUAGAUGUUACCGGUCUCAAAAUAAAGCACUUUGGCUUUAAAACUAUAUCACUGUUAAAAAAAAUGGGAGCACUUUCCCAGCAGUACCCUGAAAUGAUAGGAGCGACUAUCACUUGCAAUGUUUCUAAAGUUGGGCUUCAGAUUUGGAAUAUGGUAAAAGGCUGGCUACCGAAGCAAACGGAAUCUAAGAUGAAGCUGUUUACUGCUGACUACCUUUCCUUUUUAAAAAAAUUGAACGUCGUCCCUUCUCUUCUUCCUUCACGCCUUAAUGGAUCUUGCACGUGCUCCCUUUGUACUCAUUAUAUAGAUAAAAGCCUUCUUGAGGUGUGCAUACCAGCCGGAACUCUAUAUUCGUCCAAAAAAAUUCAAUGUCAAAAAGGUGAUUUGCUUUGCUGGGAAAUUUAUGAGAAUAGCGCAAACUUGCCAUUUUGGUUAACAUAUUCUGUCAGUCCAGAGGAGAAUGAAAGCAGUACACGUGAAAGUAAUUUAAGUGUAACUCCUAUGGAAGUAAAAGGAUCGCAAAGAUGUCGUAGCUCUGGUUCUGUAUAUUUAGAAAUUUCUAAUGAGAAAAGUUGGUUGCACUCUCAAAACGUCAUAUACGCCUUAUAUCUGGAAGUAAAUUAUAAUAAUAUUUCGAGUUAUGAACAAAAGUAAAGAAGGCAUUUUGUAGUAAAGCAAAGAAUUUUGUGCCUCUAAGGCGUGGAAUAGCGUGAAUACUUUUAAUUAAUAAGUAAAUUAAACAAUUUAUACUAGGUGAGUUGGAAUUCGCCCUUCCAUAAGCAAAUACUACUUAUCCUCAGGGUGAGGAAAUGGC